AUGCGCGCAACAACGACCCUCCUCUUCGCCGCCGGUGCCGCCGCCGCCACCCAAACCACCACCGGCAACCUCACCACCACAAUCUUCGCCAACUACCUCAUGGGCUUCGGCGCGCCCGUCGCCUCCAUCAUCGCCGCCGACCCCCCCUCCGCCGGCGGCGCAGUAACCUACCUCCUCUGGUGCGGCGACGCCUACGCCGCCGAGAACGGCGGCUCGUGCGACUGGGACUCUCCGGGCAUCACAUUGACGGCCGGGCCGUCGACGUACGCGUGGACGCAGGCCGUCGACCCGGAAUCCGUCACGAUCCCCAUCUCGCAGGUCGUCGUCGAUUGCAAACUCGAGGGAACGACGAGGGCGGUGUGCACGCGGCCGAACGAUGUCGACGUGUGGAGCGGCGGGAAGUACGUGAGCCGCACGAUUACGGAGACGGCGACGGCGGACACGCUGACGGGGAGCGUGAUGGACUUGAUGUGGGGGCCGCUCACGGUGACGGCGGGGCUGGAGAAGUUGGCUGCUGCUGCUGCGGGGGCAGCUGCGACGACGACGGCGGUGGAUACUGCGGCGGCGGCGGCGGCGACGAGUAGCACCACCAGCGGGACGGGGAGCAGCAGCAGCAGCACCACGGUGGUACAAUCGACAUCGACGUCGGGGGCUGCGGUGGCGAGUCGGACGACAGAUACGCGUAUUUCGGAGGCUUCUAACACAGGAACUGCUUCCGCGGCAGCGGCUUCGUCGACCAACGGGGCUGUUCGGUUCGAUUUGUCUUUUGCCGCUGGAGCCGCGGCGCUGUUGGUUGGAAUCGUGGCCCUGUGA